UGCGGGUCCCACAUGGAAGCUUAGGCACGGCUCUGUUCCAUACUGCACUGUCGGUACAUUUAAUUACCUCAGAAUGUGUUAUCAAUACACAGUAAAUGGGACAGUUCGUGGAAUUACGUCCGGGCGCGGUGCCAGUUCAUGUGGAACUACACUUGAGCAUCUCCGGGCUGGUUUGGAGUGCAAAUCCGGCUUUGGUUCGGAUUCUCCACGUCAUGGUUAGCGGUGUAGCCAGUGCGCUUGCGCCCAGCUGGGGCAGGAGGGUGUGCCCGGAGAAGCGGUCGUGGCGCUGGGGCUCCCUGCGCUGCCGUGGUGGCAUUGUCAGCGGGGCCGGCGCUGGGUGCUUGUUCGGAGCCUGACUGUGGCAAAGAAAAAGACACACGUUUUUGAUUAAUCGUCUGGACGGCUUGAUUAACUCACCAGCGGCUGUUUUUCAAAAUCUCCUGAAGUCUAGUUGUUUCCCUUCAGUACCGGAUGCAAGUUACCAAAUUAUUGGGGAAAAAAAAACAUUAGAAAGUGGCUUUAGAUCGUAAGAUGCUAGAAAUACGCAACAGGUUGAGGGGCUUCUUAGAGAACGCAGGAGGCUAUUGAGGCCGGCUCCCAGCAGUAUUUGAUUUGCAAAAGGAAGCUGGAGAGUAAGAAGGAGGCUCUGUUGAUUCUCUCCAAGGAACUUGAUACAUGUCAACAAGAGCGGGACCAGUACAAACUAAUGGCUAACCAGUUACGGGAACGCCAUCAAUCACUAAAGAAAAAGUACAGGGAAUUAAUGGAUGGCGAUCCCACACUCCCUCCGGAAAAACGGAAUCAGGCAAACCUGGCACAACUACUGAGUAGUUCUCGAGAGCGGAAUAAACAACUCACAGAGGAAAUCAAAGAAAUGCAGCAGAGACUGACUGAGGCUCAGGGUGACAACAAGCUCCUAAGAAUGACUAUUGCAAAACAACGUUUAGGUGAUGAAGAAGUUGGGUCUCGCCAUUUUCCUGCACAUGAACGUGAAGAUCUUGUUCAGCAGCUGGAAAAAACACAUGAACAGAUUGAACGGUUGGAUCACGACUACCAAGCAGCAAUGGAUGAACUCCAGGAUGUCAAGGUUGAGCGCUCUUUUUACCAGGAGAAAUCUGACCGUCUAAAUCAAGAGAUUAACCAUAUUCUUGGAGGACAUGAAAACCGUAUAAUUGAUGUUGAUGCAUUGUGCAUGGAGAACAGAUAUCUGCAUGAGCAUUUGAAGCAGAUCCAGGAAGAAGUCAGCAUCCUUAAAAAUAACAUUUCUAAAUACAAGAAUGCUCUUGAACGUAAAAAGAACACAAAGUCAAAUGGAAGAGGCAACAGUAGUGCCCUUACAGGGGUUCUUUCUGCCAAGCAAGUUCAAGAGCUUUUGUCAGAAGAUCAUGGUUGCAGUCUGCCAGCUACUCCACAGUCCAUCUCAGAUCUGAAAUCACUGGCGACUGCUUUACUUGAGACAAUUCACGACAAGAACAUGGUCCUUCAACAUCAACGCCAGACUAACAGGAUUCUAGGCAAUCGUGUGGCUGAGCUUGAAAAAAAGCUAAGAACCCUAGAAGUUUCUGGUUUGUGGAGUCUUCCGGGAGGGAGAGAAACUAUAACAUUAACUGAUGCUACCAUUCAUGGGGAUGAAGGAGAAAAAUCACCUAUGUUUGAGGAUAUUCAAUCACAGAUGCAGCAAAAUGAUCAAUUAAAAGAUCACGAGACUCCACCUCAACCUGCAGCACUAGAAUUGACCAGUGAAAAGCAAAACUCCACUGGGUCUGAAGAAAUGCAAGUGGAACAAACUAAUAAUUGUGGAAGUCCAGUAUUUUUGCCUUUAGAAACAGAUGCCCAAACAAUGGAUUCACCAAUAUCCCAAUCUCACUCAGGAAAUGAAAUAACAAAAAUGACUGAAAAGUUAGUUACUACUGAAUUAAGCGACGGCUGUAAUGAAACAAGUGAUUCAGAAAUGCAGCUUAUUGAAAAAUCUCACAAUCAUGAUGCUCUUUCAUCUGUAUUGGAAUCCUUCAUUGCCAGUCCGGAAUCAGCCAAAGAGUCUGAUUCUGAAUGUGACCAGUGGAAUCAAAAUGAAUCAACUAAUGAACCAUUGGAUAAUCUUGGAGAUAACACAACUUUUGUGUCAUUAAAUGUGACUUCCAAAAGAAAUUCAGAUUCUCAGCUGCACAGCCUGGUGACUACAGAUCCACAGUCAAUAUUUGAGAGUGAUACAGAAAAUACUGGAGAAAAUCAUAGAGAACAUGUGGCAUAGUUCAUAUUUCGUUUAUUCCUGUAGUUUAAAGAUUAUGAUAAAACUUCUAAAUUUAAUUUGUGAGCAACAAGAAACAGUAGUUUCCUUGAAAACUCUUUUGGUUAUGCUGGGAAAUUUCUAUAUUGUAUGCAAUUAUCUGAAUUACACUAAGAAGGAACUCUUUCCAUAUUUGUUACUUCAAAAUAGAAUAAAUAAUCACAAUGAUUAAUAACUACUGAAAAAAGUUAGGAUAGAGUGUUAAUUAAAACAAUUUUCUGCUACCUUUCUGAUGGGUUUCAGUUUAUAGUACAUUUUUUUCUCUUUCACCUAAAUAAAAGAGUCAUUCUAAACUUCAAACUAAAAAGAAUCUGUGGAUAAAGUUUUGAGAGGAGUUUUAUUUUUCUCUGUUCUGUUUCAAAAUGUUUCUCUUGCAGGCAAAUUUGUCCAUUCUCUUGAACUAAAGAUGCAAUAUUGAAGUUGCUUUGUAUUAUGUUCAUAUGUCCUGGUGUGGUUCUAUUGACUUCAAUAGAAGCAGAGUCCAACAUGAGAAUACUGGUUGAACACCCCAGCAUGUUCCUCUACUUUAAUUGACUUGUACCAUCAGGAAAUCUAAGUGUUGCUUUGUUCAUAAGAGAAAUUUUAUUUUGAAAAUUA